AUGGCCGACUCCGAUUACGAGGGACAAAUGGCCAUCCGUGAGAGGGCAGAGAUGCCGCAAAUGCGGACAGUUCAGCAGCAGGAGAAGAUGACGAACGCCAUGAAGCAGUACAAGCGCGAGACCGGCCAGCAGUCGGCGCGGUCGCGGUCGGCAUCGCGGCGGGCCCGCCGGCAGCGCAUCCAGAAGGCCAUGGACGAGGGCAAGUACAUGAAGACGAACAGCCUGGAGGCGCUGGAGGAGGCCGACGCCAACGGCGAGCUGCAGGAAAUGCAGAUGUUCGAGCGCAUAGGCCCCGACAGCACUUCCAUGGACGGCCCCGUCACCAGGGCUCGCGCCAUGCGCGGCGAGAUCCCCAUGCGUGGCACCAACCCCAACCAGCCUUAUCGCAUGCCGCCCCAGGAGAAGAAGGGCUCUGCCCUCGACGACACCGACGGCCUGAAGCUGAAGCUCGAGGCCAACCUCGACGUCGAGAUCGAGCUCAAGGCUAGCAUCCGUGGCGACCUCACGCUGUCUCUGUUGUAA